AGUCCUAUUAUUGUGCUGCCCAUAUAGAGUCCUAUUAUUGUGUUACCCAUAUAGAGUCCUAUUAUUGUGUUACCCAUAUAGAGUCCUAUUAUUGUGUUACCCAUAUAGAGUCCUAUUAUUGUGCUGCCCAUAUAGAGUCCUAUUAUUGUGCUGCCCAUAUAGAGUCCUAUUAUUGUGUUACCCAUAUAGAGUCCUAUUAUUGUGUUACCCAUAUAGAGUCCUAUUAUUGUGUUACCCAUAUAGAGUCCUAUUAUUGUGUUACCCAUAUAGAGUCCUAUUAUUGUGUUACCCAUAUAGAGUCCUAUUAUUGUGUUACCCAUAUAGAGUCCUAUUAUUGUGUUACCCAUAUAGAGUCCUAUUAUUGUGUUACCCAUAUAGAGUCCUAUUAUUGUGCUGCCCAUAUAGAAUCCUAUUAUUGUGUUACCCAUAUAGAGUCCUAUUAUUGUGUUACCCAUAUAGAGUCCUAUUAUUGUGUUACCCAUAUAGAGUCCUAUUAUUGUGUUACCCAUAUAGAGUCCUAUUAUUGUGUUACCCAUAUAGAGUCCUAUUAUUGUGUUACCCAUAUAGAGGCCUAUUAUUGUGUUACCCAUAUAGAGUCCUAUUAUUGUGUUACCCAUAUAGAGUCCUAUUAUUGUGUUGCCUAUAUAGAGGCCUAUUAUUGUGCUGCCCAUAUAGAGUCCUAUUAUUGUGCUGCCCACAUAGAAAGUUGUCUUAUAUUUUAA